AUGGAGCUUGACGAGGAGGCGAAAGAGGAUUUCGAGAAGCAUGGUUUAGGUGGGGAGGAUCUUGACGCUCAGAUCGAAGCUGUGAAGAGCAAUAUUAUUGGCAGUAAGACGGCCACGAUGUACUUGCGUGGCAUGAGCCGCUAUAUAGCGUGGCUGUACACCUAUAAACGCAAUGUCUUGAGUGGAGAGCUGCUAAUGCACUGCGGGAUGAUGACUUCGAACACGAUGAAACAGGCUACUUGUCACUAA